GCCCCUUCUUAUCGUCGUUUUGCUUCGCCGCCCACCCUUUUAAAUUAAACCCUAAACCCCGCUCCACCUCGUCUCUCUCUCUCUCUCUCUGAAAUUUCUCUUGUUCAGCUACAGAGGUUGAAAGAGAAGGAGGAGAGAUCUGGUUUGCAAUUGCGAAAUCUAUCAAUUUCUUGUUGUAAUAUUCGCCGAUCUAUUUUUUUAAGGACUGUCUUUUGGGAAAGAAUAAGAAAGACGAUGGAGACCAUCAACAAUGGGUACCAAGACAAUACGCCGGUGACCAAUCCGACGGUACCGACUUCCAAAAAGGCUCCUACUACGGCCAAUACCGUCGAUACCCAAUCUGUCCUCAAAAGGUUGCAGUCCGAACUGAUGGCUCUGAUGAUGAGUGGGGAUUCUGGGAUAUCUGCCUUCCCAGAGGAGGAAAAUAUAUUCUGCUGGAAAGGGACCAUUACUGGAAGCGAAGACACUGUUUUUGAAGGAACAGAAUACAAGCUAUCCCUCUCCUUUCCGAACGAUUACCCGUUCAAGCCUCCGAAGGUGAAGUUUGAGACUGCUUGUUUCCAUCCCAAUGUGGAUAUCUAUGGCAACAUCUGUUUGGACAUUCUUCAGGAUAAAUGGUCAUCUGCUUAUGAUGUGAGAACUAUACUGUUGUCCAUCCAGAGUCUACUCGGAGAACCAAACACAAGCUCGCCUCUAAACACCGAAGCAGCUGCUCUCUGGAGAAAUCAAGAAGCAUAUAGGAAGAUUGUGGUGGAGAAGCACAAGCCAUCUGCUUAGGUUUUUUGGCAUGCCAAGGAGCGCUGGCUGUGUGUCUCUCAACGUCUUGGGGAAGAGAAAGAGUUUAAACUUUAGUGUGCUUCAUAGUUCAUUCUUUCGGUUCUAUUAUUGUAAUUUUGCCCUUCACAGAAAAAGCAAAUUAUGUUGGGGAUCUUUCCGGCUACUGAAAAAAUUUCGUCAGAUAAAUUUACGCUUGUAUUUGAAA